AUGUCGUUGAAUGAGGAUUUGAGCCCAUGUGUUUUAAAUACACCCAGUUUAGUCGUAUCAACAGCAAUAAAUCAAAAUAGUUCUCAAUCUGCGUCAGACACAUCUUACAUCUCAACACCUUCAACGACAACCAUGGCAUCAUUAAUUAUGUCAUCGAAUUCAUUUGAAAAUCCUGUAGGAAAAAUCAAGAAUAAUUUAAGGCAAAGUUUUCGAGAACCAACAACAUCACCGUUUCAAACACUCCUCUCCUUAUCACCUAAAACACAAACAAAAGCGAUUACGAGAGAAGAGAUGAUAGAACCAUCGUCAAGUAUACUCCUACCACCAUCAACUGCCGAGGUGGUGAGGGUGAUCGAAUCGAUUCAGAACACAAAAUUAUCGAAAACAGAAGUGACAACACCAUUGGAAUCCGCACAUAUUCGUGAAUUGAUCACAACACCUGACUCAUCGUUAUCUCCGAAAAAGAAAAUCUUAUUACGUAGUCAAUCUGAAAACGAAUUAACACCCACAACCACUGCAUCACAAAUUGAUCUACAAUCACAAUUUCUUCCAAUUAAUGAUACAACUCAUAAAUCACACAAAGAAGAAAAUUUAUCAACGGAGUCAAAAGUACAUGCUCCUAUAAUGAUCAGUAACACGGAUAAUAAUACAAAUAAUCACAUAUCGAUUCAGAAUAAUAUUCAUCGUAGUUAUGGUGGUGCUACAUCUCCAAUAUCAUCUAACAACAAAUACGUUCAAAUAAUAAUCGAAAAUCAACUUCAUACAUUUCAAUUAGAUCAACAUGGUCACACACAUAUUCUCAAGGAUGGUGAAAUGCAGCCAACAAAUAAACGGGCAUUUCAACAAAUAAAUAUAAACAAUGAUGAGACAUCAGGUGUAAUUGUCCAGAAUCAACAGAAUAUGUCAAAUGAAGUGACAUCGAGUGAUCAGAGUCUUCAUCAAGUUAAACGUCAAAAAGUAGUGUCAACAGUACCAGCAGGCAGUAACAGUAGCGGUGUUAAUUCUCAUCAACCCCAUGUGGUACCACCAGUAACAACAAAUAUUUAUCCUCAACAUCAACCACCUAUCACUCAACAGACAUUCACUGGUACGACUGAAGGUGAUCCGGAUACACGUCGUCAACAAAUUCGUGAAAGUAAUCGUGAAGCGGCACGUCGAUGCCGUGAAAGACGUCGUCAAUAUAUUGAAACAUUAGAAGCAAAUUUAGAUCAACAGAAACAACAAAAUCAAAAAUUGGAACUAGAAAUUCAACAUUUAAAAAGGGAAAAUAGUCAAUUGAAAACAAUACUGAACGAAACAACAUUAAAUAAAUUGUCUCGAUCUUCUGCACAAAUUAAUGGUCAAACUGAUAAGAACAUAACAGUUACAAACGACACUGAUAUCAACAAAUUUCUUCAACAAAAACAAUUUUUAUAA